AUGAGCAAAGGAAAAGAAGCAGGAAAAAUUCAAGUGUACGUCCGCGUGCGUCCAUUCACUGAGAGAGAGAAGGACAAACGAGAAGUGAAUGCCAUUGAAAUUCAUCAAGAACACUCGCUGAUACGUGUACUGGAUCCACGAAGCCGAACGAAUUAUUUUUUUGAUGGCGUAUUUAGCCCAGAAGCAUCCAACCAAGAGGUAUAUCUCAAGGUUGGAAAACCUCUCGUCUACGCUGCAUUGAAUGGCUAUAAAGGAACACUUCUAACAUACGGACAGACCGGUACAGGCAAAACCUUCACACUUCUGUCAGAUGAUGGUGUUACCACGCGAGUUGUCCAACACUGUUUUGAAAAAAUCGCCAACGAUGAGAUUCACAACUACAAGGUCAUGUGCUCAUUUUUGCAAGUCUACCAAGAGAAGGUCUACGAUCUUUUGAAUCCGCGGUUUACAGUAGAUUUACCAGUCAGAGAGCAUCCAAAGAAAGGAGUAUACGUAGCAAACUUGACCCAACACGAAGUAAAAAGUGCUGGAGAUGUAUUUGCACUCUUAGAGAUAGGAAAACAACAUCUCGUUAUCGCGGAGACCAAGAUGGUCCGGCAUUCCAGCAGAUCCCACUCAAUCAUGCAGCUUAUUAUAGAAAGAAGACUGAAAGCACACAUUGCUAAUGAAAAACCCCCGAGCAAGGGUGAAACUACUGUAUCCCACGAGGCAGUUCAAGAGUCCAUCAUGGCAGUCGACGAAACAAUUAACAAUCUCAUAAAGGAACUGAAACAAGAAAGAAAAAGUCAUCACAAGCGUGAACGAGAGUGUUUGAAAGAGUUAAUGGAGAAGGAGCUCAACAAUGGGAACAAUUUUGAGGGCGAUCUCAUUGUGAAAGGAAAAAUCAAUUUGUGUGAUUUAGCCGGAAGUGAAAGGUUAACCAAAACCAAGGCGGAAGGAGUACGAUUAACUGAGGCGAAAUAUUUAAACACUUCACUAUUGGAGCUUGGGAAUGUGAUCCACGCCCUUGCACGUGGACACAAGCGUCACGUGCCAUACAGGAAUUCUACUCUCACCAGACUCCUACAGGAUUGCCUUGGUGACAAUGGAAAAACAAAUUUUAUCAUUUGCAUAGCACCUUCCCUCGGCGAAGUAAACGAGACCAAGUGCAGUUUAAACUUCGGUCUUCGAGCCAUGAGAAUAACCAAUGUGGCCCGCCUUAAUGUUGAGGUGGACUAUAAAGUAUUAGCUGAAAGAUUGGCGAAAAAACUCGAGGAUCAAGAAAUUAAAUACAAGUUCGAGAAGCUGGAGUACCUCAGAGAAAUACAGCGGCUGAAAUCUGCAAUAAGCUGUUACCAGGAGAGCGAGAAUUUCGCAGGAAAAGAUCACGAGAAGUUAGUCACAGUAAUUGCUAAUCUUUCCAAAAGUGUCCAACGAGAGAAAGAGGAGAAGAAUAAUCUUCAAACAGAGCUGGUGUGCCUGAAGAAACAAGUGUCUCAACCAAUAGGAACAAGUGCUCCUGAUGUCGAGGCUGUCUUACUUGCCGAGCUUAUGUCCAUGGAACUGUUGGCAAACUUACAAAACCCGGAUGCGGCUAAGGGAAUCCUUUUAGAUGACUCACUUCCAGCCAAAGUUAAAAGUCAUCUGGCAUUGGCUGACACCCAAGAAACACUUUUGAACAAUGCUGGGUGUUUCUUGCAGUUGUUAGACCUCCAUCUUGACACUGAACUGGAUGCAAACGAAAGAAAGCGGGCAGCUUCCGAUGCAAAGGAAUAUUUGCAGUUUAAUUUAUCUAAGGCGGGCUCGGUGGAAUUGUUCUCCAAAGACUGCUCCAUCAAAAUUUCUCCUAGGGGUGUCCCUAAAGAACCCUGUCUCAGCCUACCCAUGUACAACAGCAGUCCUGAUGAAAAUUCCUCUGGACUGGCGGGUGGAGUGCGCAGAAUGUUGGGUAAACUCAUGGGUCGAGAGAGCAAGGACAGGACGUCAGUUUCACCUGGCACACAUCCCAGCGGCCAAGCAUGCUCUGUUCCUAGUGGUGACGUUACCCAACGUGGGCAUGAUCAGGAAGACCCCAUGAUUAAAACCAAGGCAUUAUUAACACGCCUGACCAGCUCUAAGGAGAAGGUGGAGCAGCAAGUUCUCAGUUUAUUGUCGACGUUGUUUGACGAACAAAUCACCAAAAAUGAAGGACAAUGUCCGCAAUGGAACGAGCUGGGAAAUAAACUGACUAAGCUGAUCAUGUUUCGACGCAAUAACAUGCCUGGUUUAAGCGAGGCAGAUAUGUGGGCUAACUCUGAAGACUUGAACGCAAUCUUGGAGAAUUGUCUUCGCUUUGUCAUUAUUGAUAAAGCUCUGCUAGCAUGUCUCCUGGUGAUUGAGUUGCUGGACCUGAGACAGGUAUGUGGAACACUGGAGGAUAAGAGAAAGCUAGCUAAUCACAAUGCUUCAGGAGAGAGCACCGCUACGAACUCUUCGCCUCAAAGCACCCCUCCAGUAAAGACCACUGGUGGUAAGAAGAGCUCUUCUAACAGCAAAGACAUUGGGUCAAUUUCGCCAACAGCAUCCAUUUCACCAAGACGAGAGAAGCUGAAAUCUUUGAAACACACCAAAACAGAACUGGAAAAGGAAAUAACUGAGAUGCACGAAGACACGACAUUUCUUGAAACAGAACUAUUUUCGACCAUGGAAGAGAGAACGAAGGUCGAAGAAGAACUUUAUGGUAUCAAGAGCCACGUGACAAAACUUCGAUCGGAAUUGUUUCAUCUAAAGCUUGAAAAAUCUAACUUGGAAAGUGACGUCAAAAAAUCAAAAAGCCAAGAAAAUUUAGAGCAAAGUGGGAAUUUUGAGUCACCAAAGGAACCUGUGCCCCGAGGAUAUCCUGAACUCUCGGACGUCAUGGAAGCUUCGCAUGAGAGUAACGACAGUGAAAACAGUUCUCAGAUGUCCGAUGGAAAUGAAACUAGAGAAGCCUUCUUGAAAACGUGUAUGGAAAAUAUCUCAAAGAUUUAUACGCUUAUGCCGGAACAAGCCGAAGAAAUAGCGAGUGAGGAUGAGAUUUCCGACGAGCAAGAACCAACACUUUCCGAUGCAAACAUUGACGACAGUGAUGAGGAAAUCAUUAUCACAAAACUUGCCCGUAGCCUACGCUCACCUUGCGCAAGUCCCAGUAAAGAAAAAACGUUUGAUGCGUCGUCGCCGCACAAGAGUGGACAGAAGCAACCGGUUGUCGGUGACGGCCAAAAAGGUAAAAGCAACAUUGGAAAUGAAGUAAAUGAGGACUUAGGGGGCAAAUCGAGAGAGGCAUUAAUUAAACAAAUACAAGAACUCAAAAGGAAAUUGCACAAAGCUGAAAAUGAGUUAACUGAAGCCAGAGAAGCAAACGAAGAUUUGGAGGAGGAACUGGAUCACAAAAAAGGCCAGCUAGCGGAAGCACAAGUGACCAUAACAAACCUGGAAAACCAGAUCGUCGAUGAAAAAGAAACCUGUGAAGAAGUGCGACAACAGUACUUUAACGUCAAAACACAAAACGAAAUACUCGAUGGAAAGCUGAAGGCUUUACGAUCGGAAACGGAGAGGCUUUUAAGAGAUAGCAAUAGCAGCAACGCUGUUUUCAGAUCGCCGGAAAGUUUACGCAGAGAUAAUCCACUAUCACCACUCAAAACAAAGGCAAAGUCUCCUCUCAGGUCACCUACGAAAGCAAAGGUUCCUAAAAUUGAUCUACGAACUCCUCCGCAGAAGCAGCUUGUCUCAAAUGAGAUUGAAUUCAUUUCUCUGGUAGAAGAAAAUGCAGAGCUUAAAGUCAAGUUAGGGAACGCAACACAAGAAAAAGUUCGUUUGGAAAAAUCACUUAAAAUUGUUGAAGAAAAGUCCUUCAAGAUGAAAACUGUCAUUCAAACAAGUGAGGAUGCCUGCAGUCGGUUCAAAGAGGAAGUCUCAGAGAUCACCAAGGAAAAGGUUAGGCUCUCCGGUGAGAUAACAGAUUUACGAAAUACAAAUUCGAGCAUGGCAGAAGAGCUUCAGAGAUACCGGGAAAAAUCAACACGUCUCGAGAAAGACAUCGAAGCGAUCGCUUACAUGAGCACGCGACUCGAAAAAAACAACAAAAUACUCGAAAUGGAAAUAUCGAAAAUGGAAUCUGAGCUGUGCUCUUGGAAAGCCAAGCACGAAUUGCUGUCUCAGGAAUGUCAAAGACUUGAUCAAGAAAACCAAAUAGCAAGGAAAGAUCGAGAGAAAGCUCUUCUUGAGCUGGGAGCUAUCAAAAAAGAGAAAAGUCAUUUGUUAGAACAACAGUUUUCAAUUACCGAGGAAACGGUAAGAAGAGAGAAGCAACUUAAGGACAACGAGGAACGAUUCUUUGAGUUGGAGGCUGAAGUGACCGAACAGAAACGGCUUAAUGCCAACCUCCAAAAGGAGCUAGCAGGUAUGGCCGAGUAUCAGGAAGCGUUAGAAAGUGAAUACUCCAAAGCAAAGAACGAGGAAGACAAGUUGAAGCAAGAACUGGCAAUAAUUAGCUCCCGGGUGAUAGAAUUUGAGACAGAACUUGCCUCGGCUACACAAAAUACCCAGGACCGUGGGUUGAGUACUGAACAAAAGUCUAGCAGUUUGAGCCUUCGAGCCACUCUUACAGACGAGCCAAGCCACAGAGGAAAAUCAUUCAGCGGAACACCAAGUAAGAAGUUUUAUACCAUUACUCAUACAAGUGAAGACGAAAUUGCCGACACAUCUUCUUCCAUAGCGGAAUCACCCGCAGAUGAAGGCAAGAUUGUGGAACACGAAAAUCAACUUUUGAAACUCGAAAAUGGUUAUUUACAACAACAGUUGGCGGAGAGUGAGCGGGUCUUAGCUCUGUACAGGCAAGAUCUGGAGAGCGCUCAUGAUCUCAUCGACAAACUUCAAGCAGAGGUGAAGACAUAUGCCAAUGAAACAAAGAAUGAAGCUACCGAAGACGAAUGUAAAACUCCGUCAGACAAGGAUGACACUGUCCAAGAGAUUGAAGGUUGCUCAGAAAGUACAAACGACGAAUACAAGUUACUUGAAGAAAAGCACGCUGAACUGACGAGAGAAUACGAGAUUCUUCGACGGCAAUAUCAAGAGGCAGUUACUGAGAAGGAAAAAGGAAUCAACAAAGAGUCAAUUGCAAAUGCAGCUUUGAAGAAAGUCACAUUCGUUGGUGAAAAAGCUAGCAAGAAAAUCACGACAUCCCAGCGAGAUGUUGUACAUCAGCAGAACAUCCUGCAAGAUCGAAUAACAGAGUUGGAAAGUGAAAAUAUGAAGCUGAAAGUAGCUGAGGAAAAUUUAGUAGUGGGUCUGAACACAAACAGACAGCUAGAAAGGUCACUGGAAGAUGCAAAACGGGUGCAAACGACUCUGGAAGAAAGAAUAGCCAUGUAUGAAAGUGAAAAGAAAGAUAACAAAUUGAAGCAAACAUACAUGGAAGAGCAAGUAGCCCGUCUGCAGGAGGAGAACGAGAAGUCAAGAGCCGAAUUACUUGAGCGAACUAGAAGUACCAGUCACCCAUUAAACUUUCAGCAAAUUGUAGGUGAUGUUCAACUUGGCAAAAGAGCUGUUGACAACGAACCCAAAGUGCGUAAACUUGAAGAAGAUCUCCUGAAAGUUACCAGCGAUAAGCUAAAACUUGAAUUUGAGUUAAGAAGUGCCAACGCCGAUUGUGAACGACUUAAGAGUGACCUUCAUCAAAGCGAGUCCGAAAGGAACUUGUUAACCACCCAACUUAAUGACAACAUAGAGCGAGCAGCAAACCUUGAAAUACGACUGAUGGAGAUGCGGUGUUCAUGCGAGACAAUCAAAGAUGAAAUUAACACGCUUAAAAACCAGAAGAGACAAGAAAGUUUUCACCUUCAUGAGGCAAGCGUCUGUAAAGAGAUAUUGGAAAAGCGGUUGGAAGAUGCACUCAAAGAAAAUAACUCUUUCCAUCACGAACUCGAAGCUCUACGUGAAGCACGAGAGGAAACCAUGAAGAAGAUUGCUAAGCUAGAAAAAGCAAAAGAAGAACUAAUUAAAGAAAUCGGCGAGGUAAGAAAGCAGGGAGAAGUUAAGCAGAAAGUACCUGAAAGGACAACGCAUGAAAGCAAAAAGGCAGAUUGGCCGAUGAAUAUAGAAGCCUCUGAAGAAUCGAACGAAUACAGAAAGCUGCAUAGAGAAGACCAAGAACAAGUCACAAUACUCCAAGAUGAGCUAAGAAAAAUUACCGAAGAUCACAGUCAGUUAAAAAUGGAAUUACAGGAGAUAAAAAGUGUAAAGGAACUUCUCGAAAAGCAGAUUGAACACAUUAAGGAUCAGGGGUUAAAGGCAAAUGAGGACGACCCAUUUGCCUCGAAUUCUAAGCCACAAAUGGCCAAAGAGGAUGAGCAAGAAAUGAGCACAAAUGACGAGAAGGAAAUUGAGGAAAAGACCAAGUUGCUUGAAAAAGAGAAAGGACUUUUGGAAAAAGAGCUAACCAGGGUUCAAGACGAAUGUAACAAGCUCAAGCAAAAACUCUCAGAUAUUAAACUUGCAUCCGAACCGGGACAAGAGGAUCACAGAAAUGAGAAUGAAGAAAGGCAAGAACACUUGGAGAUAGAGCUUGAGAGGUUACGCGACCUAAACAAAAAACUCGAAAACGAGUGUGAAGAUUCUAAUAAAUUAAUACAGGAGCUGGAGGUAAAGACCAAGGCAUUGGAAAGCUUGGAAAAAGAGCUUCACUGCUUCCAUGAGGAAAACGAUCGACUAACUCAGGAGGUGGACAUAAUUCAACACACAAGCAAAGCCAUAACAGAUCACCAAUCUACCAAGGAAUCACUGGAAGCGGAAAAAUCUCUUUUGAAGAAAGAACUUGAAAGUAUUCAUGACUGCAACAGAAAACUUCAAGCAAGGAUAGAUGACAUGGGUAAGGAGCUUGAGAUAGUUACCGAGCAAAGAGAGAAAGUAAGUUCAAUAGAGAAGAUGAACGCUUCCUUGAACAAUGAGAUUGACAAGUUACAGACGAUGCAUCAACAUCUUGAGAGCGAAUUGGCAACAACACAUGGAAAGAUAAAAGAAAUGGAGAUCGCUAACGAUGCUUUGAAGAAAGAAAACAAAGCUUUGAAGGGAAGGAUAAAUAAUGAAGUGCAUCGGCGGAAGGAUGAUCACAAGAGGGUACCGAGUGUAGGGAACAAAUUGAAGGACACGUUAAAACAAGAACAAAGUGUCGCAAAGGAAGACAAAGCAAGUUCUAAAUCGGAGGGCGAAAAUGGUGAAGACAGUGAAAAUGAUUCGCGACAGAUGAUUGAACAGCAUGCAAGUGAAAACACUACGUUGAAAGAUGAACUAGACAGUGUUACGAAAAACACUCACGACAUCCACGUUCCUGACCAGGAUUCUCAGAGUGUCACUGUUUUAAAAGAAACAACCGAACCUCAGCCAGAAAAUGAAGAGUUCGACGAGUUGAAGAACAACAAACUGACCAGUAGUCGCGACCAAGAAACAAACACUGAGUCCGGAAAUGAGAAGGUCAGUGCUCCCUUUUCAGAAGACGUGAAAGCUGGGCUUUCGUUAAUGGCAAAAGAAAAUCUGCUAUUGGAGAAGAAAGCAUCGUACUUCGUCAGAGCACAGGUGCAGCUAGAACAGUCUCUCUCAAAAGCAAUGAAAGAAAACACUUAUUUAAAGAACAAAGUCAGCGAAACAGAAAACGUCCUAAACAUACUUCGCGAACGUGUCCAUGAACUGGAGAAAAAUUCAGGUGCCUUGCCGUUGAUUGACUUGAAAAAAAGUGUCAUGUUGUCCAGUGACAGUGAGAGCGACUGUGAUGCAAGUGAACUACCAAACAGUGGUGACAAGACAGAAGGCCAGCGUAUGGACAACGAGUUUGCAAGUUUGCGAGAAAACACAGAGGAGGGGAGCAAGAUGGGGUCUUCUCAUGAGGACAGUAAAUUACUCCCAGUCCCAUCUAACGUUGAAAAAUUACAACGUGAACUGGAGCAAGUAACGAAAGAACUAGAAAAUCUGAAAAGCCGAAGGGAGAUGCAAAAGAUUAACUCGAUAGAAAAAAAAGAUUUUGGGACCCAAAGUGAAGAAGACGAAACUCUUCUUAGACAAGAACAGGAAAAUAUACUUUUGAAACAAGAAAGGCAAAGUUUACUCCAAGAACUUGAAGCGGCGACAAAUCAAAAUAAAGCCGUAGAAAAUGAUCUGAGGCAGAAUAAAGAGUCUUGUAUAAAGCAAGAGCAAGAAAUAAAGCUGUUGCUGUCAUCGUACAGCCAAGAAAAAGAAAGUUUGUUGAAAGAACUUGAAAGCACAAGGCUAGACUGUCGUAAGGCAAAAGAGAAACUUCGAGAGUUACAACAAAUCGAUUCUGAAUUUGCAGAUAUUCAAAAGAAAAGCACAGAGGCAGAAAAACUGGUGACCGAGCUCGAAAAAGAGUUACUUUGCCAGACUGAGAUGAAAAACGAAUUAAGGAGAGAACUUCAGAAUUGUCAAAACAAGCUGCAGGAAAUAGAACAACUGGAAACACAGUUGCGAACUUGUCGGAGUGAAAUCGAAGAUCUACACGCCAUGAACAAUCAGCUGAAGGGAGAAAUGGAAAAAAGGAAAGAUGAGAAUAAUAAUUUAAUCGAUGAAUUAAAAACCGUCAAGUUUAAAUUACGAUCAUUGGAAAAACAGAAAAAGCAAUCAAUGAAUCGGGAUGCUAACAUAAAAAAUCGCCAAGAUCAAAGCGUCCAAACUUACUCCACCAUUGAUAUUUUUGUCAACCGAGAUGAAGAAGGUCCUAAAGAUAUAACUGCAGCAACCGAUGUAAAGGAAUCCGGGAACGCCGUGGCUUGUCAACAAUAUCACGACAUCAAUAGUCACAGGGUCUUUCCACAGUCCAGCGAAGUACGUAGUGAGAGUAACAAAUCAAACAAGGCUGGAGACAACGAGGCACAGACAUCCGAGAUCAAUAAAAUUCUAAUGGAUAACAAUCGCUUUCAGGGACUUCCUAUUCCAAUAAUUAUAAUAACCCAAGAAGACGAUACUGCCACAAUCAACAACGAAAGUAGUACAGGACUAAAUCUGUGUUUAGAGGACUUUGAGAAAGAUUCGCCAAAUGAUCAAAGUACUCCUGAUGAAGAAAACCAACAAAACACUUCUCCUAUGACGACGAAAGACGAUGUCGAGCCUUCAGUGUAUGAACAGAUUAUUCCUAUGGAAACAUCAUCAUAUCAAGAGCAAAGCGCUGUAAAAAGCGAAGUUCAAACGACGAAAGAAAAUUUGAAAACCAAGAGUGACUCAGAUGGAGAUGGUGAGCAAACUCUAAGGAAUGGUGAAAAUAACCAAGAAAUAAUUAGUGAGCCUGAAGAUGGUUCUAAAAAAGAUGAGUUGACCGUGAGUCCUCCUCAGAAAGAUGUACAACGGGAUGAAGAUCUUCCCGACGGUGGAGAGGAGGAGUCCUUGAGUUUAAGAUCAAGACGUGAAUUGGAGUGGACAAUCUCCAACCUAAAGUCGGAGUUACAACAACGUUCUGAAGACCAUGAGAAGAAUCAACAAGAAAUUGGCUCACUUGAAGAACAACAGCUGUCCAUGAAAAGAGAAAUCGUCUCGUUGUUGAGUGAAUGUGAAUCACUCAGAGCAAAGGUAGCUAUAUUACAAACGCAGAAUGAAGCCGUCUUGAAGGAACAGAUUCUAAACGAUGAGGAAAACGAAGAGCUCCAGCAAAAUAUGCAAGACCUCCUUGAAGAAAAGAAUUCAAUCGAGGAAGCUAAGAAAAAACUUGAAAGUGAGAAAGCAAGACUGGAGAUCGAGUUGUCUGAUGCAAUUGAAACAAGAGAGGCAGUGGAAGGUGAGUUACUUCGCUCCAGAGCCGAAAAUGCAAGUGUAUCAAAACACACAACGGAAGGACAGUGGUAUGAUAUUAGUGAAAGAUAUGCCAAAUUGGAAACAGUACUUUCAUGUGUUCUUGAUGAGAACUCAAAAAUGACUGCAGAGCUUUCAGCUCUCAAAGCCGAAAACAGCAUGCUUAAGAGCUUCAAGAUUAUGGAAAUAACAGACAACUGUACGCAAUUUUCACCGAGAACGACAGAAGAUGAAAGCGAUGGAGAUAGGACACAUUCUUCAAGGAAGUCUACAUCGUCUAUUACACAACAUUCUCGGCUUGGUGAAGAUCUUACAAAUCAAUUGCAUUUAGCUAGUCCAAAAUCCACAGAAGCAAAUCAGGUUAAAGGCGAUGAAGAAGGAACAACAACUGAUGAGUUUCCAGUCACUCCUACUCCUAUUGUCGAAGUCAAUCUUAAAUCUGAAACAUUUGGAAACAGAUUUGGUGAUGAGCAACGUCAAAUGGAGAAAAAUGAAGUUCCCACUUUGAUAAAAGGUGACAAUGGAAGAGAACACCGCGCCGCAGUGAGCGCCGAAUCAUCAUCGCUGCUACCUCUUGCUAAAAGAAAUAUCGUGGAAAGUACUGAGCUGGAGGCGAUCUCAGUGGGAAAAAGUUUGCGCAAAAAACACCAAAGAAAAGCCUUAAAGGAAAGUUCCUCUUUGCAUAAAAAGCAUUACAAAGCUGACGGAGCUGAAAAAGUGGAGUCGGAUGACCAUGAUUCGAGUAUGGAGGUCCAUACUAGCAGCUCUCUCGUUUCGAUCACAGAUCUCGACGUAAGCAUCUCUUCUGAUCAAAUCUCGUCAGAGGAUAGCUCCAUAGUGGGUUCAGAAAUACGGGUCCUUCAAAGGAUGCAAAAGGAGCUCGCAGAGACGAAAUGCAGCAAUGUUCUUGUUAAAAAUGAGUUGGCCAUUAUAAGAAAGCACAACGCAGAUCUCCAGAGUCAAGUGCAAAAGCUACUCAGCAGAAACAACCACCUGAAAACGAAAAUGUGCGACAAGGCUUUAUCUGUGAAACGGAUGGAGAAGGAGGUUUCGAACAUCAAAGAAGAGAAUAACAAUCUGCAACAACAGGCGAUGAUUCUCCAAGAUGAGAUGGCAAGAGUGGAGAAAGAAAAGGCCAAAUUUGAACGCAACAUGUCUGCAACAAAAUCUGAGAACAAGCGACUAAAAUCCGAUCUAUCAAACAUUAAAGCAGAGAGCUACAGAACCAUGAAAGAGCUGGUAAACUUGCAAAGUGAGAAUAGGAAAUUGCAGUUGGACAUUGAGAGGCUUAGGGAAGACUCAAGGAGACUAAAUGGACCUUGUAGUGACGACUCCGCGUCGCAUGAACUGCCAUUCUGGGGAUCUGUGUCUCACGGUGACAGGAGCACAUCGCGCAGGAGUUUACAGGAAAAACAAGUCAAACAAAACACGACUCAUCUACACGAUAGAGUGAUUAGCGAUCUUACUUUCUGCCAGCGGCAAACGUCAAAAGAAGAUUCGCAAGGUCCGGAAUUAUCGCCACUGAAUCUUUCCGAAGAGCUCCAGAAACAAGACACUGAUGACGACCAAUAUGGCAAAACACUUAUUGGAUCCGGAGACUCGAUCAGCAGCGAAGACAGAUCAAGAUAUUCUGAACCUGUGUCACGACGAGGAAGUCAGCUCUCCUUCACCAGUGAAGCAAGUCACCCUGGUGAGGGCAGUGAUCCAAACGAAAUUGAACACCACGAAAAAACUGAAGACGAACACGAAGACGAGCUAGGGGGCAAAAGCAAAAGCAAAAGCAAGAAAAAGAUCAAAACGAUUCUACGGAAAUUCCAGCACAGCAAAAAAACCAAGUCUUCGAAGUAAUUUGUCUUUUGAACGAGUCAUUAUGUAAGGUUUCCGUCAAGUGUUCACAGACGUAUAAACACGAUUCCUUUCAUGCAGAUUUGUAAAUAAGAAAGAAAACAAAUGUACUGGGUUUCAUUGUUCAGUUCUUGGUAAGAAUUACCUUGACUGAGUAUAUACGUUAAACAUACAGGUAAAACAUAAGGCUGUUGCUAUCGUAAAUGUCCACUUUCCAACUCAAGUGUAACAGAAUUUCAAACCAUUUCAUAGAAAAAGGCCAAAUGCAACAUGUGUCAGUGGUAGUCGACUCGAAUGAAGAUAAAUCGCAGAAACCCCUUUAAAUCAAUGAUAAAACUGAAACAGGUGUUUCUGAUUUUGUGCUAUAUUUCACGAUAUUUUCACUGAAAAGAGAAGAUUAAUUUUUUAUGUAACAAUAUAUUUAAACAUUAUGCAAUACGUUGGCCAGCUUCUAAGGUGAGGCUAAAUUCUCUGGGUAAUUAUUUUCCUUCUGUCUUUAUACUGAAUACAGUAGCAAAAUUAUAAAAAAAUUAUACUGCACGAGUACACUGGUAUAUUGGUUUUUCAAACGUCUGACGGUACUGAAAGCGCAUGAGUGAGUACGAUAGGUUAAAAGCACCAUAACAUUUAUUUCAGUAUUUAUAAACAUAAAAAAUAAGUUAGCACUUUUUUCUUAAAAUGGCAAUGCUGUAUCAAAACGAGUAACAUAUCAAUGCUUAAGUAAGGGCAUUUGUCAGUGCCUUUGAGACACUGUCAGUGAAUAAAUACAAGAAAAUAAA